CUGCAUCCUGGUUAUUACAGCUUGGUUCUUUUUCCUUACCAGCAUCCUGUGCUGUUGACGGAAGCACCACUAAACCCACGCAAAAACAGAGAACGUGCUGCUGAAGUGUUCUUUGAGACCUUCAACGUUCCAGCACUAUUCAUCUCCAUGCAGGCUGUGCUCAGUCUGUAUGCUACUGGGAGGACCACAGGAGUGGUGCUGGACUCUGGGGAUGGCGUUACCCACGCGGUGCCCAUCUAUGAAGGCUUUGCCAUGCCUCAUUCCAUCAUGAGGAUUGACAUUGCAGGCCGCGAUGUCUCGCGCUUCCUGCGUCUCUAUCUCCGGAAGGAAGGCUACGACUUCCACACAACCUCAGAGUUCGAGAUUGUAAAGACCAUCAAGGAGCGUGCCUGCUAUCUGUCCAUAAACCCCCAGAAGGAUGAGACUCUGGAGACAGAGAAGGCUCAGUACUACCUUCCAGAUGGAAGCACUAUUGAGGUUUGUAAAAGAUGGGAGAUUUAGUGCAAUGUGGGGUGAGACAGGAUAAUUUUAAAGACCAAAAUGCAUCCCAGGUUGUUGAGCUGGGGCACUAGAACUUUUAGGGAAAGAGAGCAUUAUUAGAAAU